AUGACCACCAAGAAAUCAAGCAGGAAGAUGAGGGGCUUCAUGUGCCAAUCUACUGCAGUGUGCAGAGUGAGUGAUCCUUGCUCAGUUAUCGUGCCCAGAAGGCCUCAGAGAACCCUUCAGCAGCUGCUUGAUAAUUCUUCUUCAACAUCAAGAAUGUUGAAGAAGAGUACUAAUAAUCAAGCUGUUAAGUACACUAGACUCGUUGAAUCUCCAAUAAGGUUUCUUCCGCCAGCUACUAACAGAUCAGUUCUUGUUCCUUCCAUGAAGAAACAAGAUAUUAAUAUUGAAAACAACCAAGAAAAUAGACCAAAACCUAUCCUGCUGCCGAAGCCAGCUUCAUCUGAUCAAGUUUUCCAGGUGGUUGUAAUGAGAGUUUCUCUUCAUUGCCAAGGUUGUGCUGGUAAAGUAAAGAAACAUCUAUCUAAAAUGGAAGGAGCAACAUCAUUCAGCAUAGAUGAAGAGACAAAGAGGGUAACAGUGAUGGGUCAUAUAUCACCUGUGAGAGUCCUUGAGAGCAUUUCAAAGGUGAAACCAGCUGAGUUUUGGCCUUCCUAG